AUGAAACAAAUUAAAGAAAAUAGAGAGCGCUUAGUACCAAUAAUUGAAAGUAUCAUUUUCUUAGGACGCCAAAAUAUUGCUUUAAGAGGACACAAAGAUUAUGGUAUACUUUCUUCUGAACCUCAUUCAUCAGAAACUGUUAUUAAUGAAGGCAACUUCAGAGAAAUUUUAAAGUUUAGAAUUUUAUCAGGUGACAAAACUCUUGAAAGUCAUUUAAAAAAUAAUAAUGCAAAAGCAACUUUUAUAAGUCCUACUAUUCAAAAUGAAUUAAUAGAGUGUAUCAGAAAAGAAAUUGUAUGUAAAAUCAUUAAAGAUAUUGAACAGGCUAAGUACUACAGUAUUAUAUUCGAUGAAACAACUGAUGUCUCAACAAUCUCUCAAAUGAGUUUAAGUAUCCGAUAUAUUUAUUCAGGAAAAGUGUUUGAAAGAUUUGUUACAUUUAUUGAUUGUCAUUCAUCUAUGGACAAUGAAAAUGAAGGCAGCGAUGGAGUAGAUUCAAACAACCAGAUAGAACCAAAAUUGACUGGAGAAUUUCUUGGUGAUAUAGUUAUACAAAUGAUGUCCAAACUUGGCUUAAAAUUUGAUAAUUGUGUAGGUAUUGCUACUGAUGGCUGUGCAGUGAUGGUUUCUACUAUAGUUGGGGCUGUUCAGCGUAUCCAGCAGUCAACAAAAAAUGCAAUUCAUUGUCCUUGCAAUAAUCAUGCUCUGAAUCUAUCAAUUUCAAAGUCAUCAACAGUUCAAUCAAUUCGUAACUGUAUUGGUAUCAUGGAACAAGUUAUAUCCUUUUUUAACGCAUCAGCAAAACGCAAUUUCAUAUUAAAAAAAAUGCUCAAAAAACAAUUUGUAAGUAUUUGUCAGACCAGGUGGGUAGAAAGGCAUGAUAGUGUGUUGCAUUUUAAAAUGUCAUUACCUGAGAUUAUUAAUGCCCUUACAUCUAUAUCAAAAUGGGAUGAUAUAGUAUCAUCGUCUAAAGCCAAAACCCUUUUAUUUUCAAUUUCGAACUGUGAAUUUAUAAUUUCUCUCUACUCAUUAUCAUCUGUAUUAGCUGUAACGUAUCACGCAAGUAAGACACUACAAGGAAAAUACCAAGAUAUAUUAACUUCUUCUGAAAUCAUUGAAAAUAUAAUUUCAAUUCUCAAGAACAACCGUUCCGAUUGUGAUACUAACUUUCAAAAUAUUUUUAAUGAAUGCAAAGACCUGAUGGAAGAACUAGAUUUUGAUAUAAAAAUACCAAGGAUUGCUGGUAAACAGAACAAUAGAUCAAAUCCACCCAAUGUAAAUAGUUGUGAAGAGUUUUACAAAAUUACUAUUUUCAUUCCAUUAUUAGACGGUAUUAUAAGUGACAUGUGUAGAAGAUUUGGGAAUCAUGAAAACCAGACACUUAAAGCUAUUACCAAAUUAGUUCCUAAGCAUUUAGUAAAAUUGACAAAAAACGAAAGGAAAGAAAUACUUAAUGAAAUAAAAAAUAAAUAUUCAUUUUUUAAGGAUACCACAGAUGUGCUGUUUGAGUCAGAAAUUGAAUUGUGGUAUACCAAAUGGAUCCAUUACAAAGGUAAUUGUCUACCAUCAAAUAUCUUAGAAGUAAUUGAUGAGUGUUCUGAUAUGAUUUACCCUAAUAUUAGUUCUUUGCUUCACAUUCUUGCUUCUUUGCCAAUUAGUGUAGCAACUGCCGAACGCAGCUUUUCCACUUUGCGCAGAUUAAAAACUUGGUUAAGAGCAAAGAUGGGUGAGAAACGACUAACUGGUUUGGCUUUAUUAAAUAUCCAUAGAGAUAUUGAAGUGGAUGUUGAAACAAUCAUAGAUCAGUUUUCAAAAGUAAAAAAUAGAUCUAUAUUACUUUGA